GCCCUGGGAGAGAGACAGAGACACAGUCCGAAAUAGGUUAGCAGACCGGAACACACAAAAUUAAUAUAUAUCAUAGAUAGACACGUGUGUGUGUAUAAAACCGCUGAUAGAAAAUUCGCCAGACAUCGGAACAGACAGCCAAUUUUACAGAGAGACAGGCAGAUAUUUAACCAGACAUAUCAACGGGACGACAGACAGACAUUGAAACAGACACGCUUCUGAACGUAAACAUUCAACAGAGUAGACGACGCACAGAGCGAGCGAGAGAGACAGCAGAGAUCACGAAAGUCUGUCGACUCCCCAAUCUGCGAGCGCCUAUUUCUCACGAUGGAGGCCAUGAAGACCAAGGGGCGAACCCAGGGGCGCAACUCCACGGAGCUGAUGAUGACCGUGGAUGUGGAGACAAUCACUUCCCCGUCGAAAGCACGUGGCAAGGCGGGGAACCCCUGUGCGGGAGCGUGCUCCUGGCUGUGGUCUCACCAGCUCAUCGUGGCCUGCAUCGUCAUCCUCUGCCUGCUCUUGGUUGCGGCUGGUGUCCUCGCCGGCGUGUUCGGUGCCCUGCGAGCCAACAUGUCUGACGACAAAAUUCCGAGCGCCUCCGGCGGCUUUGAGGGCUGCGGCUGGCGCCCCGAAGCGGGCACGCGCAUCGUGAACGGAGAGAAGAGUACGCUCGCGUGGCCCUGGCAGGUGAGCCUGCAGAACAAGUUCCAUACGGGCAAGUGGACGCAUUUCUGCGGCGCCUCCAUCAUCUCCUCCACGUGGCUGCUCACGGCCAGACACUGCAUCACCAAUGUCCCGAACCUCACGGGUGACAUCAUCGCGGUGAUGGGCACCAACUCGCUGAACGACACCAGCUUGGCAGUCCAGAGGGUGGCCAUCGCUGAGACGGUGCUGCACCCGGACGGCGAAUCGAGCGACGUGGCGCUGCUGCGGCUGGCCUGGAGCGUCGCCUUCUCGGCCACGGUGGGGCCCGUCUGCCUCCCCGUGAACGCGACAACAGCGAAGCCCGACACGCCGUGCUUCGUCACCGGCUGGGGAGUCGUCACGACCAACGACAAAACCAAACAAGUGGAUCUCCGUGAAGUGAAGUUGACCAUCAUGAACGACAGUAGUUGCGAACCGACGAACAGCGGCCGCCCGCUCCAGCGGAGCAUGAUGUGUGCUGCGGACGUGAACACCCACGCCGACACCUGCCAGGGCGACUCGGGGGGCCCGCUGGUGCGCCUGGCGGGGGAGACGGAGCCGGCGCCCGGUCGCUGGGUGCUCGAGGGCAUCACGAGCUUCGGCAGAGGGUGCGGCAGCAGGGUCUUCCUCGGCGUGUACGCACGCGUGGCAGCCUUCACCCAGUGGAUCUCCCGCACCACCGCAACCAAAACCACCGCCGCAACCGAAACCACCGCCGCCGCCGCAACAACAACAACCGGCAAGUCGGCUCGCUGAAGGGUCUCCCCGAGUCUCGUCGUUUGACCGCUCGAGUCUCGACUUCCCAGGGCGCGCCCUGGCUUCGUAAGUCACGACACGUGCCGCUCGCUCGCAGCACUUGCCCCCGAACUUGUCUUGAGGCUAUACCGGGGUCGCGGGGGGACUUUUUCCCUUUGGGUGGCGAUGGUGGUGGCGACGACGUCACGGACAGCGCGAGGACGUCCCCCGCCAGGUCAACGGACGGCGUCUAAACGCGUUUGCCGCGCUGCCUGCCGAUGUGAAGACCUUGGGCUCGGCGUCAACGGCGUCGCGUGGUCGGCAUCGUCCUUCCACGUGUCUGUGUGUGCGUGUGUGCGUGCACAAGUGCGUGCGUGUGCGUGCGUGUGUGCGCGUUGAACUUCAUCCGCACCGCACGUGGUAAACCGCGCUCAUCGGGCGUUUCGGGGGAAGGACGGCGACGGCAAAUCCUCCGCUUGGCCGGUGAUCGCGGGCGUCACGAAGUACAUCCAGGCGGGUCGGAGACUCUCAAUAAAAUACUUCUCAACCCGGCAUACCACCUCCAGUAUUGCUCAUCCCGCUACCGCCCACGGCUGCGCAAGUCACGGGGGCUGCCAUCGCUCCCUCUGACCAGGAAGCGGGAGGAUAUUUAGUGAGAAGAAAGGGCCCGAGUGUUGGGAGGGAGGGGUGAGGGAGGGGUGAGGGGUGAGGGAGGGGUGAGGGGUGAGGGAGGGGUGAGGGUUGUGUGUUUGUGUACCCCGCAUGGUCACCCUCACGAUACGAACCGUCGCCUCCCGUGUCUCUUGUUGCCUGCAGUGGGCUCACGUGACCCCUGCAGUCGCUGGUGGCCGCUAUAGCCAAGGGUACCGUACUGUCGCGUUUAUAUAUAAAAGGGAAAUGUGUGAAUGUGUGUCUGUUCGAAAUGUUUAGCAUACUUCACAAACUUGACAUUUGGCAUGUGGGUAGCUUCCAGAUGGUACAAAAUGCAAAAAGUAUAAAAAUAGACUUUUGUAUUUUGGGAAGGGCGCCAUAAUGGAUAUAUUUUGCACGGCAAGUGAGCACUGACGUCACAUCUUUGAUGUCACCCGCAUGCGGCAGCGUCACGCUGUGCGCCUGAUGACGUCAUCCCCCCCCCACCCUCCGCGGAGGCCGUGUAUUAAUCCAAGACAAGAAUCAAAGUCUCGGGCGAAGCCGGGUAGUAAAGCUCGUAGUGUAUAUGUUAACAAUAAGAGAGGUGACCGCGUGGCUCAAGAGCCAGAGACGCUGAGCCCGCAACUUUGAGUGCCUGGGUUCGAGUCCGGGUUUCAGACACCAAGGUACGCAGCGAGGUGACGGCUCGGCAUGGUCACCAGUGGCUCGCGCAGAGACCCGUAGACUCGCAUAGAGUCCAAUAGACAGACUCACAUAGAGACCCAUACUCGCAUAGAGAGCCGUAGACUCGCAUAGAGACCCGUAGACUAGCAUAGAGUCCAAUAGAUAGACUCACAUAGAGACCCAUACUCGCAUAGAGAGCCGUAGACUCGCAUAGAGACCCACAGACUCACGUGGGCUGUUAGGAUGAAACGUGGUUCUCAAGUGUAGUGCGAUGAUGGCAUAGCUUUAUGAAUUUAAAAUAUUAUCAGUUUGCCCGUCUUGCGACGAGCAUUAUACCUGUUGUUGGGCAGAUCAGGUGGGGAAAUGGCUGCGCGUGCGUGUCGCUGUGAUAUACGAGGGAGAUCUGACAUGUCCACUUCCGCGGUGCACUUCUCGCGCUCCCCCUGGCGAUAUUCCGUCCUCGCACCUCCGGGAGAGACGGAGACAAAAUUCCCGUCGGGGGCGGCGGCUCCUCAUUGCCCGCGUGGAGUCGCCGUGCAUAGCGAGCAACGCAUCGACGGUCGAGGCAUCUCCCUCCUAAACGCACGAGGCCAGCCCGAGAGUAAAUCUUUUUUAGAUAUCUAAUAAUAAACAGAAAACCUGCACGUCCUAUGGACGUAACCGUGCAUCCCUCCCUCCAGCCAAACUUAUUUUAAACAUAGUAUAUUAAAAUAUAGUAUGACAAUGUAUGAUUAUCGUUUGUGACGGCGUUGUCUUUAGUAGCAUUGUUUGUGCAAUUGUCGUGAUAAAAUGAAUAAACGGGUACAAAGAUGA